AUGUUCUCUUCUUCUCUACCUCCUGAAGUUAUUCUCAUAAUCCUCUCUUUUCUUCCGGGCAAAACAUUACCAAAACUCCGAUUACUUUCAAAGCAAUUCAACUCCAUAAUCUCCGAACCCUACUUCCUCCAUCUCCACCACCGAUUUUCCCUAAACUCUUUCUCCAUCCUCACCGCCUUCACUUCUCUCCGCUCUUCACUCACCGUAGAGCUCCAACUCUUCCUCUUCACCAAACCAAAAGACACCUCUCGCGCCGCUCUAAACGCUCUCGCCGCUUUUCGGACAUCCCUCACCGUAGUUCCCAACCAUAAACAUCCCGUUACAAAACGCUUUCUUGGAGAUAGAGUUAGGGUUUUCUCUUCAAAUCAUCAGUUUCUAUGCUUCGUGUCCGACAAGGAACACUUUCUUUUUGACCCUAUUAACCAAAAAACUCUAGAACUACCCAAAUCCUCUUCUUUUUCUUCCCCUAAUGUUAUCUCCUUCGGCUUCGUUUCCUCCACAUUACAAUACAAAAUCAUCAGAUUUUUCCUUCCUUAUAACCCAAUCUGCAAAUUCGAAGUACUCACCAUUAGCAUCACGGGAAAAAACUACAAGCAUCAUCUCGAGAUCUCUCCAUGGAAAUCACAAGAACAACAAUGUCCUUACCUUCUACAACCAUACCCUCCUGUUCACGCUAAUGGAUUCAUUUAUUGGACAACAAAACAUGUUCCAAAGAUCGUGUCUUUCUCUCUAGAACAAGAGAAGUUCUCUCUUCUGCCUCCACCUCCAUGUUUUGAAGAAAACCCUAAUCAUGACUUUAGCUUAUGUGGCAUAAGAGGGAAUCUCUGGGUGAUAGAUUACAAUUCUCUUGAACCAAGCAUGGAGAUUUGGAUGAUGAAUGGCUCAAAUGGAUCUGCUUGGGUUAAAACGCACCGUAUUGGGCUCAAGGAAACGUUGAACCGUUACUAUCCAUCGUUUCCAAUAAGGAUUCAUGAAAUACAAUCUGAUUUGGUGCUCUUCCAGGUUCUGUUUCCGAGUCGGAUCAACCUUUAUUACAGGAGCAAGAAUGAAGUCGUUGACUUUGGGGAGUUAAACCAAGAGUUACAGUUUUCUCAUUACACUGAUGGACUUUUGUCUCUCUAA